GUCAUUACCACCAUGUCUGCCAUUCGACUUGGUCGCUCAUUACCUCCUGUGCUUGCUACUUGCAGGCUUCAACCAUGGCAAGCUCCCAUCACUUCUUGGAAGCGUGCGUUUGCCGUCGCUACGGAAGGUGCUCCCCUCACGGCCACGAAUCGUGCGGAGACUAGCAUGAAACGAUUUUGGAAGACUGUUGAUGUUGAGAAAAAGGGCGACGCGUUGACCGUGACGUUGGAUAAACGACCGCUGAAGACACCGUCGGGGAACCAGCUGCUCGUUCCUCCACACAAAAAAUUAGUGGCCACCUUGAUCGCUUCGGAGUGGGAGAACCAAUUGACGUUAUUGAAACCUCAUGCACUCCCGAUGACUUCGCUCACAGCACGGGCCAUUGAUGCUAUGGCCGAGGAAACGUCGCGGGCAGAAGUACGGGAUACGCUCUUGAAGUACCUGGAUACCGAUACAAUAUGCUUUCACGCAGACGAGCCUCCGCCUGUGGUCCGCUUACAAAACGAGCAUUGGAUGCCUAUUCUCGAUUGGGUCCGCUCAGAGUUUGAUGUGGAAAUCAAGACCUUCGACUCCAUUCUCUUCCAUCCGCAACCCAAAGAGACGAAGGAGAAGUUUAGCAAGAUCCUGAGUGAGUUUGACCAGUGGGAAAUGGCCGCCAUGGAACACGUUGCAUACACGGCCAAGUCGUUCCUGAUUGCACUUGCUGUUGUGCACAAGCGGCUCACCGUGGAACAGGCUGCAUUAGCGGCUAGGGUCGAGGUGUCCAGUCAGAUUGAGCGAUGGGGCGAAGUCGAAGAUUCUCACGAUGUAGACCAUCAUGAUGUUCGGCGGCAUAUAGGAAGUGCAGCCUGUCUUCUGGCGGAGAUCUAGUUUACUACUUCGAUGUCGCCUGUUCAGUUUACUCAUCCCCAUCAGUUUCCAGCUUAAAUCUGGUCCAUGUACUACUAUAUGGACCUUGGUGCAAACCUGAUUCCCCGUACGGGUGGAAAGGAUCAAAAUACUCGAAAUAUGCCGACCGGCGAUUCGGUACUGUUGUGUGGGCCACAAUUGCUGUAUUUCAAUUUGCCAUGCGCCACAAUGCCAAGACCGCGCAAUUUCAAUUUGAC